CUGUCCUCGGUGAAUGGGAGAUACGGGCGGUUGGUGGUCCAGGCUGCUCUUCAAUGUGGUGGGCAACGUCCUUGGACUCCUGGUGGUCUGCGCGCAGUGGUUCGAGCUGUCCCUCUACCUGAUGGAUGUCAUCCUCAGCUUAGUGGGUGAUGUCGUCCGGCUCCUCUCGGCGUUCUGCAGGGUGCAGUGCGACCUCAGUCUUGACAUUCUCGGUAGGAGGACGUUCAUAUCUGGCAUGGAAGCAGGUGUAUGGCUGAUGGUUAUCCGCUGGUUUUUCAUCUGGGCAACGGUGCGAGAUAUGGGAGUUCCUGACUCAGGGGCGACAUUGACUGAAUGUUCUUCUGAUGCUUCGUCCUCCAGCUCUUGGGCUGUCAAUGGAUCCUCCACUAAGAUGCAGCUCUCCUCUACUUGCGUCAACAACAAGUCAUCCAGUAUAUGUGGAUCAAAAUCGGCGGAUGCAGUGCCAGAUGCGGAUGGCAGGGAACGAUCGGGUGGUGUCUUCGGGGUCCGACAGACUUAGAUUAACCUUGUCAUUUCCUGCCAUGGCUUGCGGAAAAAUAACGCGACGAAACUGUGUGGUGAAUAGACGUGGAAGUGUGGAUGUGAUAUAUAAAAUAAUUAAUAAAAAGAUCCAAUUGAAAUCGUUAUAGCUUCGCAAUGAAUGAAAUACAGAAAAUGUGAUUUAACAAUGUGUUCAGUGAUGAAGUGAAUCAAAUUAGCAUAUUGUUAACAUAAAACAAUGAUAACAUAAAGGAUACACAAUGGAUAUGCGAUAAUGCAGGUACACCUAUUAUAAUUUAUUAUUCUUAUUAUUAUAAAUAUUUUAGUCUUAUAAGUUCGUGCCGCAAUUAUAUAUAGGGCUAGUAUUUCUCACAAGAAUUUUAUAUAAAAGCAGUGAUGCUCUGCUUGAAUUAUUCCUCAAUAUAUCCAUGAUUUAGUUUGGCUUCCCUCUUUAUGUCUUAAAAAAUUUUUAACAAUGCAGUAAAUAAAUUCAAUCCUCCUUUCCGUAAAUUUCUAUAAACUGCUUUAAUAUAGACCUAAUGUUCUCAAAAUAAUAUGAUCUUUUCUUAUGGUAUUUCUUAUACCUAUGACUUAUAAUGUGAGCAAUUUUUAAAUGACAACAAUAAUAAAAUUCUGAGUUCGAUUCUUUCUUUAAAAAACUCAUCAAUCAAUAAAUUUCUUUUGUUCAAUGAUUGUGUAUGGCACGUCUUGCUGUUUUAUAUAACUCAGUGAACAGUUGAUAUUAAAAUUUGAAGAAAUUUAUGAUCAUGAAUUCUUCAAAAAAUUUUCCCGUUGUCAGCGCUAUAGUAUACUGAACAACUAUAUAAUCCUCGUAGUCAAUUAUCCACCUCAUCAAUGCCUAUCACUUUGGGCGCCAAAUCAUUUAAAGCUUUUCCUGGGGGAGUCACUCUCACCUCCAAGGAUAGGUCAAUACACAUAUAAUGAAUCUUGUACUGAGUCACCAGUAUUGAGGUUAUAAAUUUUGAGAAUGCGUGCAUGGAUGCUAACUGAAUACCAGACUGAUUGAUUCACUACAAGAUUCGAUACAAUUGUCUGAAUCGCGGAAGGCAUAAACACUCGCUCACACUUGAUUCUUCUUAUGACAGAUUGUAUAACGAUAAAAUUUUUUUAAAGGCAGUGAAGCUGUUGCUAAACACUUAAUACGGAAGUCUUAAAACUAUUACCUGUGAUGAAACAACAUACAAAAUCAUACAGGUCGAGCAAAAAAUCCCGUUGUAGAUAAUUUACGGGACUGCGUCUCUAAUAAGUUCUGAAGGAUUAAGAUAGGCUAC